UUUUGACCCAUCUCCGGAUGUCGUUGGAUGGCGGAAGCGGCAGAUUUGCCGCAGUUUCUACCGCAGGUGCUUCCCAUGCUGGAAUGGGUGGAGAUCCGUCGAGUUUGCCUGACGCAGCAGCAGUGCAGCAGAAGUCUGGUGCAGGCGGUGUACCAGCGCUACCUGGGAGAGGCGCCAAGCUCGGUGCGCGCCAGAGUGCAAAGGCUCGGAGAUCGGCUCAACGGAGCGCAGGCGGCUCAGGCCCGGGGAUCUCCAGAAGCUCUGGCCUCGGCGGCGGUGGAAGUUAUGGUACUGCAGCAGUGCACUCGCGUGCUAAGUGAAAACUGCGAGAAAUAUGCUGACCUCCUGGAGAGGGUCGGCUUCACCUUGGGCGACGACUUGGAAGAAGUCUCCGAUGCGCUGUUGGCCUCGCUGGACCGGCUGCAGGCCUUCGCCUCGGCCGUGGCGCGGCUGCAGGCGGCCGCCGAGGCGGCGCCGCCAGCGGGGCCUGCCGCGCGCCGCGCGGUAGGUCCCGUUUUGGGUGGCUUUCAUGGUGAACCGCUGCCCGUUUUGGCUGAAGUCGGACACAUUUCGGCCACCAGCACAGCUACUUGGAGCUGCUUGCCAGACAUGGGAGGAGACGGAGGAUUCGGCAAAGGUGGAUUUGGAGACAAGGGCAAGGGCAAAGGCAAGAAGGGCAAGGGCAAGGGCAAGGGCAAGGGAAAGCAGGAGGAGAAGCAAUGGACGCCCAUGACCAAGCUUGGCCGAUUGGUGAACGACGGCAAGAUCACCUGCUUGGAAGACAUCUACCUGCACUCUUUGCCCAUCAAGGAGCCUGAGAUCAUCGACCACUUCUACCCUCCUGGCUCUUUGAAGGAUGAGGUCCUCAAGAUUCACCCUGUGCAGAAGAUGACUUCUGCUGGUCAGACCAACCGCUUCGUGUGCUACGUGCUUGUAGGUGACACCAACGGCCACAUUGGCCUGGGCUCCAAGUGUGCCAAGGAGGUUGCCACAGCAAUUCGUGGUGGCAUCAUCGCGGCCAAGAUCAACCUGAUCCCUGUCCGCCGUGGCUUCUGGGGUAACAGGAUCGGCUUGCCCCACACUGUGCCCAUGAAGGUGCAUGGCAAGUGCGGCUCAGUGCGAGCUCGCUUGAUCCCAGCCCCCCGUGGAUCCGGCAUUGUCGGCUCUCCUGUGAUGAAGAAGAUGAUGGCCUUUGCUGGCAUUUCGGACUGCUUCACUUGCUCCUGCGGCCACACCAGAACCACCGCCAACUUUGCCAAGGCUACCUUCGAGGCAUUGAAGGCCACCUACGGCUACCUGACUCCUGACCUUUGGAAGCCCACCAACCACGUGAAGUCUCCUUUCCAGGAGUGGUCUGACUACCUCGCACAGUCCAAGCAGGCUGCCACCUACUGCUUGCCAGACAUGGGAGGAGACGGAGGAUUCGGCAAAGGUGGAUUUGGAGACAAGGGCAAGGGCAAAGGCAAGAAGGGAAAGGGCAAGGGCAAGGGCAAGGGAAAGCAGGAGGAGAAGCAAUGGACGCCCAUGACCAAGCUUGGCCGAUUGGUGAACGACGGCAAGAUCACCUGCUUGGAAGACAUCUACCUGCACUCUUUGCCCAUCAAGGAGCCUGAGAUCAUCGACCACUUCUACCCUCCUGGCUCUUUGAAGGAUGAGGUCCUGAAGAUUCACCCCGUGCAGAAGAUGACUUCUGCUGGUCAGACCAACCGCUUCGUGUGCUACGUGCUUGUGGGUGACACCAACGGCCACAUUGGCCUGGGCUCCAAGUGUGCCAAGGAGGUUGCCACAGCCAUUCGUGGUGGCAUCAUUGCGGCCAAGAUCAACCUGAUCCCUGUCCGCCGUGGCUUCUGGGGUAACAGGAUCGGCUUGCCCCACACUGUGCCCAUGAAGGUGCAUGGCAAGUGCGGCUCAGUUCGAGCUCGCUUGAUCCCAGCCCCCCGUGGAUCCGGCAUUGUCGGCUCUCCUGUGAUGAAGAAGAUGAUGGCCUUCGCUGGCAUUUCGGACUGCUUCACUUGCUCCUGCGGCCACACCAGAACCACCGCCAACUUUGCCAAGGCUACCUUUGAGGCAUUGAAGGCCACCUACGGCUACCUGACUCCUGACCUUUGGAAGCCCACCAACCACGUGAAGUCUCCUUUCCAGGAGUGGUCUGACUACCUCGCACAGUCCAAGCAGGCUGCCACCUACUGAGCUGACCCGUUGAGAACGUUUUGAUAGCUGGGCACGGUUGAAAAAUAGCGUGACUGCUUGACCUUUCUCCGGGUGUUUGCUCCAAGCAAG